CCCUCUGCCUUUUCCUCCCCUUCAUGAGUGGAAAAUCCAUCUCCGCCCCCCAGAGCAGGCCAGCCCCCUUCCUCCUCAGUCUCCCCUCCCAACCCUCCCAACAGUUUCCUCUCCGGGCCCAGGGAGCAAUCACAGCUGCCCCGACCCUGGUUUCCUCUGCUGGGAGGGGUUGGGGAGCUGGCCCCCAAAGGGGCCCUGGCUUCCCCCUCCUCUGGGCAGGGCACAGAGAGGCACAGGCUCAGGGAGCAGGGACUGACUUCCUCUUGUCCCAGAACGAGCAUGCCUGCCCUUUGCAAGGGGGUUUGGGUCUGUCACGCAGAGGAAACCAAAAGUGGCAAGAGGGAGGGAAGGCAGAGCGACCAAUCAAGGGCAGGGUGAGGCGCGAAACCAGCGGGCUCCCCGGGGAGCUGGGCAGAGGCCGGGCCAUGGCGGAGCUGCAGCAGCUGCAAGAGUUUGAGAUCCCCACAGGCCGGGAGGCCCUGCGGGGCAACCACAGCGCCCUGCUGCGAGUCGCGGACUACUGUGAGAACAACUACGUGCAGGGCCUCAGAGAUGUCCAGAUGGGCAGCUCCACCCCGUCCUGUCAUCAGGCCUCACCCCAGGCCACAGACAAGCGGAAGGCACUGGAGGAGACGAUGGCCUUUACCACCCAGGCCCUGGCAAGCGUGGCCUACCAGGUGGGCAACCUGGCCGGGCACACACUGCGCAUGUUGGACCUGCAGGCGGCCUGCCUGCGGCAGGUGGAAGCCCGCGUGAGCACCCUGGGCCAGAUGGUGAACAUGCAUAUGGAGAAGGUGGCCCGAAGGGAGAUCGGCACCUUAGCCGCUGUCCAGCGGCUGCCCCCCGGCCAGAAAGUCAUCCCCCCUGAGAGCCUACCUCCCCUCACGCCCUACUACAGGAGACCCCUCAACUUCGGCUGCCUGGAUGACAUUGGCCAUGGGAUCAAGGAUCUGAGCACGCAGCUGUCGCGGACUGGGACCCUGUCUCGAAAGAGCAUCAAGGCGCCUGCCACACCCGCCUCUGCCACCCUGGGGAGACCGCCGCGGGUUCCGGAGCCCGUGCAGCUCCCGGUGUUGCCCGAUGGCAAACUCUCAGCCGCCUCAUCUGCUUCUUCUCUGGCCUCGGCCGGCAGCGCCGAAGGUGUCGGUGGGGUCUCCACGACCAAGGGGCAGGCAGCACCCCCACCCCCACCUCUCCCCAGCUCCACGGCCCCACCUCCUCCACCAGCUGCCUCUGACCUCUUCCUGCUGCCCCCUCCGCUGGAGGAACUGUCCCUGCCCCCGCCAGCCCCAGAGCUGCCCCUGCCCCUGGACCUGCCCCCUCCUCCACCUCUGGAUGUAGAUGAGUUGGGGCUGCUGCCUCCACCCCCACCAGGCUUUGAACGGGAAGAGCCCAGCUGGGUCCCUGCUACAUACUUGGAGAAAGUGGUGACACUGUACCCAUACACCCGCCAGAAGGACAACGAGCUCUCCUUCUCUGAGGGAACCAUCAUCUGCGUCACCCGCCGCUACUCCGAUGGCUGGUGUGAGGGUGUCAGCUCAGAGGGGACUGGAUUCUUCCCGGGGAACUAUGUGGAGCCCAGCUGCUGACAGCCUGGGACUCUCUGGGCUGCUAACCCAGGCUCUGCCCUGAGCAGCCUCUGGAGCCCCGGGCCAAAGCCAGCUCCAAGAUCAAGGCUGGACUAGGUCUGCCCGCCUCUUGGGCUGUGAGCUGUGUCCGCUCCUUCCCCCUACUGCGGUGGGAAGGGGUCCUGGGGAGAGAGAGGAGAUACCCAGAGGCCUGCUCCAGACAGGAAAGAACUGAAAGACAAGGAGUUUGGUGACCUUGUCCACAGAGGACCCCUACUCUGUGCAGGGCGGGGUCUCCAGCUGCAAGUGCCAGCUUUGACUAAAACUCUGACCCUCUUGAUAAUUGCCCUGCAGGGCUAGGGGGCAGAGAGGAGGGAUUGAAAGGCAUCCCAGUUCUAAGGCUCCUGCUAAUUACGGAGCCACCCUCUGCCUGCCGCUAGCAGCAGUGUCUCUCCCAUCUCUUCGGUCCUCAUUAGGUGCCCUCUGCACUAGACCUCUGAUGCCCCUCAGCAAUGACUGACUGCACCUUGUUCUUUUG